CACAGUGGUCCUCGAAUUGUCACCUGGCAUGUACAAUGGGCACGACCCACGGGACAUCGGCAUGAGCCAUCCAUGUAAUCAUCGUUGCUCACUACUGUGCACUCACGGUCUUCCUUACCACUGACCUCCACCUUGAACGACCAUGGCCCCGCCACAGAUGCUUCCCAACUCCAUUCCAAGACCUAAUACAAAGCCAACAUCAUUGCAAACAGCAAUGAACGUGGAUCGAGAGCAGUUUAGAGCCACUACACUGUUCCUACGAGAGUUAGCAACACAGCACUUGGACUUGACCCAGUACUUUUCAACUCAAUGUCCCCGUGCAAUAGACAGGGUCAUGCAAGAGGUUAGAAAGCACCCAAUCUUGCAAUACUACGUCGAUGGUUGGCCAGCCGACAUCUAUGUGCGGGAUUGGGUCUCCCGGCAAGUUCUCCGGAACCGGCGGGAUUGCCACCUUGGUGACAUGCACGAUGGCACUGGCAAAGCAAAUGAGCCUCCAAGCCAGGGAUCGCAACCGAAUCCGAGUCAGCCUCGCCCACAAGUGCGAUCCGAUCCUGAGACAUCGCCGAGAUGCGUCAGAGAAGACCGAUCUGCCACAGCAAUUUCGCCCGCCGCCGGUCAUGUUCUGCACGCGCCCGGGUCGAAGGAUCCGUCGUUCAGGACGUUCUUGAAGUCAUGCAGGCCGAGCCUCAGACCUCUGCGAAGUGAAUUCCGAAGGGCUGGAAUCAAAACCGUCGGAGACUUUGCGCGGAUGGCGAGGCUGGAAGCAAAGUACCGCGAGAGGCUGUUGAGGGAGUGGAUGCGCUUGACGGACCUGGAGGUGGUCGAGGUGGAGAUGAUUUUGGAUACGAUGAAGUUGUAGAGUAACAAAGCAUGAACAUCAGCAACGGAACACGCUCG